UUUAUUGGACGAUAGCCUUACUGUCCAAAAGGAAUGGCUGUUCAGAAUGGUGGACUCUUCGGCCACAUUAGGCACCGGUAUCUUAAAGGGAACGACAUAUUUCUUCGGAGACUAUGAUGAGUGUCUGGGUAUUAAUUCACACACAAAUGGAAACGGUAUUCACAUAUUGGGUAAGUAUUGCACUCUUCAGAUACCCGUGCAAUAUAUUAUUGGAAAUGUGCAUCUCUCU